AUGGCCAGUCCGACAGGUCUCAAACGUAAUGCUAACCAUCUAUCAACACCAGCGUGUGAUGCGAAGAAGCCCAAGGCCAAUGGCAGUAUCACGUCCUUCUUCGGUGCCCCUAAGCCCAGGCCUGUCGACGCCAAAACAUCAACCAUUUCGUCCCCUUCCUCGAACUUCAACAAAGACAAAUGGGUGGCAUCAUUGACGCCUGAGCAGCAAGAACUCCUGCGACUGGAGAUUGAUACGUUGCACGAAAGCUGGCUCUCUAAGCUCAAGGAAGAGCUGGUCACACCGGAGUUCUUGGGGUUGAAGCGAUUCCUGAAAAAGGAGAGGGAGUCGGGUGCAAAGAUCUUUCCUCCAGAGAAUGAGAUUUACUCUUGGUCUCGACAUACCCCCUUGGACAAAGUGAAAGUGGUCAUCAUCGGCCAAGAUCCCUAUCACAAUCAUAAUCAGGCUCAUGGUCUAGCAUUCUCUGUUCGGCCUCCCACUCCUGCUCCUCCCUCUCUGGUGAAUAUCUAUACCGGAAUCAAAAAUGACUACCCUACUUUCCAGCCCCCACCAAACAAGGGUGGCCUUUUGAUACCUUGGGCUGAGCGAGGAGUACUCAUGCUCAACACCUGCUUAACAGUCCGCGCUCAUCAGGCGGCAAGCCAUUCAAACAAAGGAUGGGAACGCUUCACUCAAAAGGCCAUCGACACCGUCGCUCGAGUACGAACUAAUGGAGUGGUUUUUCUGGCCUGGGGCUCGCCGGCAGGGAAGCGCGUAGCAGGUAUCAACCGGCAAAAACAUUGCGUUUUGCAGUCGGUUCAUCCUAGUCCGCUCAGCGCUCACAGAGGUUUUUUCAACAAUGGCCAUUUCAAAAAAUGUAACGAAUGGCUCGCCGAACGUUAUGGUCCGGAUGGCAUCAUUGACUGGAGUCUGACCCCGAAAACAAAGGCAGGCGGCCCGCUUGCCGCCAUCUCGGACCAGUCUCCUGUGAUCGACCAGGUGAAGACAUCCACCGCGAAACUGCCUGAUUUGGAUCCUUCCGAAGAGAGCAAAGUUGCUAGCGUGAAACUUAUGGACCCUGACGGAUCAGUUGAUGAAUUUGACGAUGAUGUCGAUGCACUUGAGGCUCUAGCUGCAGCUGAAGCUGCAACAUGA